GGACAAUGAGGAGAGCCAGCGUUGAAGAUUUCAAGCUGCACAGAAGACAGAGUGAGAGAGACAGUGAGGAUGAACUGACCACACCAGACAAGAUGCACAUCAGAUCAGGCGAGAGAACCUCAAAUGAUCUGCUUCUAAGCUACAACCGGCAGAGGCCUGUGAAAGAUCCCAUAGCAGUGGUACUGACUGAGGACAACAGAAUUGGGGUGCUGAGAUAAUCAACUAGUGGCCUGGUUAAAUAGGGCUUAGCAACGAGGAGUGCUUUUUUUUUUAUUAAAUAAGAAAGUUAAGAGCUUGUGUGUGUGGUGCCUGCCUGGGGCAAGAGCAGGCUACAGUUGGAGACAAACCAAACGGGGGGACAUCUUAAGGCUAACUGCUUUCAGACAUGUGCCUCCUUCGAGGGAGUCCGGAUCUCUUUUCCUUCAGGCUCGUUUUCUAAACCUGGCGAGGGGCGAAAGAAGAGGAGAGACCGUGGUUUGAAGACUGGGACUGGGGGAGAACCUAACCCAAGAUGAGUGCGACGAAGGAAGAUGUUGAGAAGUUCCUGGAUGGGAACCCGGCUUUCGCCCAGGGCUACUUCAACAAGAAGCUCACACCGGGGACCCUCUCUGUGAUGGCAGGCAUCUCGGAGUCCAAGGUGGACUUUGGGAUGUUACAGGAGCUGGGUCAGAUAGAGGAAGGCCAGAUCCUGUUCGACCUGAUCAAAGAAAUGCAGGAGAACGUGAACAUGGAGAAAGUGGUGUUUAAGAUUCUGAAGAGGAUCGUCGCCCUGAUCCAAGCUGACCGCUGCAGCCUGUUCAUGUACCGGGAGAGGAACGGCAUCGCGGAGCUGGCCACUCGUCUCUUCAACAUCACUACAGAGUCAGAGCUGGACGACUGUGUGGUGCACCCUGACCAUGAGAUCGUCUUCCCCCUGGACCUUGGGGUGGUGGGAAAUGUGGCCCAGACCAAGAAACACGUCAAUUUGAAAGAUGUCAAUGAGAGCAGUCACUUCAGCUCAUUCGUCGAUGACCUGACAGAGUACAAGACCAGGAACAUUUUAGCCUCGCCCAUCAUGAACGGAGAGGAUGUGGUGGCUGUGAUCAUGGCCCUGAACAAGACCACUGGACCACACUUCACCACUGAGGAUGAGGAUCUUUUUUUGAAGUAUCUCAGAAUAGCCACUUUGAACCUGAAGAUUUACCAGCUGAACUACCUGUACAACUGUGAGACGCGAAAAGGACAGGUCCUGUUGUGGUCUGCCAACAAGGUGUUUGAGGAGCUGACAGACAUUGAGAGACAGUUCCACAAAGCCCUGUAUACAGUGCGGGCCUACCUGAACUGUGACAGGUACUCUGUGGGCCUAUUGGACAUGACCAAGGAGAAGGAGUUCUUUGACAUCUGGCCAGUGUUGAUGGGAGACCAGCCCCCUUACUCUGGACCUCUUACCCCUGAUGGCAGAGAAGUCAUAUUCUACAAAGUCAUUGAUUAUAUUUUGCAUGGAAAAGAGGACAUCAAAGUUAUUGCGACUCCCACUCUAGAACACUGGGUUUUGUGUACUGGACUUCCCACAUAUGUGGCUGAAACUGGUCUUAUAUGUAACAUCAUAAAUCCCGCAACAGAGGAGAUGUUCAAGUUUCAGUCAGAACCCUUGGAUGAUAGUGGUUGGACCAUAAAGAAUGUGCUGUCCAUGCCAAUCGUCAACAUGACGGAAGAUAUCGUGGGCGUGGCUACAUUCUACAACAGGAAAGAUGGGAAGCCAUUCGAUCAGCAGGAUGAGGAGCUAAUGGAGGCUAUGACUAACUUCCUGGGCUGGUCCCACCUCAACACAGACACCUAUGACAGGAUGAAAAUGAUAGAGAACCGGAAAGACAUAGCUCAGGACAUGGUGCUCUACCACGUCAAGUGCCGUGAUGACGAAAUACAGAAUAUCCUGAAAACCAGACAGUAUUUCAACAGAGAGCCCUGUGACUGUGAAGAGGAAGAGUUCCUGCAGAUUCUGAAAAAAGAACUGCCUGGCCCCAAGAAGUUUGAGAUCUAUGAGUUCGGGUUCUCUGACUUUGACUGCACAGAGCUGGAGCUGGUGAUGUGUGGGAUCCAGAUGUUCUAUGAGGUCGGAGUGGUCAAGAAGUUCCAGGUUCCACAGGAGGUUCUGGUACGCUUCAUGUACUCUAUCAGCAAAGGCUACAGGAAAAUGCCCUAUCACAACUGGCGCCACGGUUUCAAUGUCGGACAGACCAUGUUCACACUGUUGACGACAGGGAACAUGAAGAGAUACUACACAGAUCUGGAGGUGAUGGCAAUGAUCACAUCUGCUUUCCUCCAUGAUAUCGACCACAGGGGCACCAACAACCUCUACCAGGUGAAAUCUGGUAACCCACUUGCCAAGCUUCACGGCUCAUCCGUCCUGGAGAGGCAUCAUCUAGAAUUUAGCAAGUUCCUCCUGGCAGACGAGUCCUUGAAUAUAUACCAGAACCUCAACAGAAGACAGAACGAGCAUGCCAUCCACCUCAUGGACAUUGCCAUCAUUGCAACAGACUUGCAACUCUAUUUCAAGAAGCGAACAAUGUUCCAGAAGAUUGUCGACCUAUCAAAGACCUACGAAGAUGAGAAGAAGUGGGUGGACUGGAUGUCCCUGGAGACGACCAGGAAAGAGAUUGUCCUGGCCAUGAUGAUGACAGCAUGUGACUUGUCAGCCCUCACUAAGCCAUGGGAGGUACAAAGCAAGGUGGCGCUGUCUGAAGCAGCUGAGUUCUGGGUGCAGGGUGACUUGGAAAGAGAAGUUCUUGAAAAUCAACCCAUUACAAUGAUGGACAGAAACUGUGCUGGUGAACUGCCCAAGCUGCAGUGUGGUUUCAUUGACUUUGUCUGCACAUUUGUCUACAAGGAAUUGUCCCGCUUCCAUCCGGCCAUCCAGCCGAUGUAUGAUGGCAUGCUGAACAACAGGAAGGAGUGGAAGGCCAAGCAGGAAGAGUACGAGGCACAACAGGCCAUCCUGAAAGCCCAGUCAGGGUCCAAGACGUGCUCAGUGUGCUGAAGCUCAGGACCUGUUUUGGAGGUAGGUCACUCCAGGAUACAUCACAGCCACACAGUCUUACUGCCGGCCGUGGGCAGGACCAGCCUCACCUCAGAACAGCUGUGGAAGGACAGCCUCCCCUCACAGCAUCAGAACUUUAGAGAAGAGCCAGAGGGACUCCUUAUCAGUCACGCAGCAAGGCCGUUGGAUCUUCUGGUUCCAGACCCAUGUUGGCACAUUAUGGCCACAACAGUCAAUUUCCUGCCUUCAACUGAAGAGCAGUUAUCAUUAGUUGCAUAGGCAUAUCCACAUUUUGGAAGUUACCCCUUUCACUAUGCUUCACGACAUUCUGAGGAAUCCUUCAUGGUCUUAGUGGAGUUCAUUUUUGUUUGUACUAACUUUUUUAACGCAUGUACGGUAGGUUCCGGAAGGUUUUUAUUGACCAAUUAAAGGAACAAGAAGUCAACAACUUCUGACAUGUUUCCAUAUGUAUGUAUAAUGUCAUUAAUAUGACACUAAAGCCCUGUUUAAACCAGGUGCCAACAUACGUUCUUUGUCCUGAUCUAGUCCACAUUCUGAUUGUGGCCACAUUUUCAGACAUAUGGUAUUAAAGUGUGUCUCUUAUCCAACCACUGUGUCUGCAUUGUGACCAGAUUUCCUGGUCCCUACCUGUAUGCAAUUAUUUCCCAGAUAUUCUUUCCAAAUAAUAUUUAUUUAUUUGAAGACACAUGGCAGAAGUCAAUGGUGCUACCUGUCAAUGAUUUUAGAGGCCAAAAUAACGAUUAUUUAAAUGGAUUCACUGUGCAGAUCAGUCUACACUUCGUAGAUAUCCAGACACAAUGUGUGUCUGACUGCCUCUGGAGGUGGUCAGGAAGAGCUGACCUAUGACUGCAUUUGUCUAAAAUUGUGGGAACAAUCAGACUGUGGACAGGAUCAGGACAAAGGACACAUGUUAGCACCUGUUAGCUCGUUAUGAUCGCUUUUCAUUUUAAACAGGUUACUGUUUCUUAAAAAAAAAAUUCGUACAGAAUACUGUAUGAAAUGCACAGGGAUACUUUUUACUUUACAUUAAUAUUUUACGCUGUUAUUUGUAUAGAUUUUUAAAACAAGUAGGCUUGUUUUUAGAGUUAUCACAUUAAAGGUAGACUCAACGAUUUGACGUUGCCACGAGCAGCACCGCAGAUAGAGAUGAGCGAGAAGCAAGAUCCCGGUCUAACACGGUCACAUACAGUAUCUGUGCCUGGGUUUGCUUCAUGCUGUUAAGUUGAGCCUCGCGCUUCAACACUCUUAGUUGUUGCGGAAAUUGACCCACUUAUGGUCUUUACUUUCUACAUCUACGUCAGAACGCUGAGUCUACCUUUAAACAACACUUUACCAAAUGUUGGUGGAUUCAUCAAGGAUCCAACUUUACUUUUAUGUAUGUUAUAAUAACAGUGUAAUAACCCGUGACUUACAUUGUUCUUUACUCCUUCCUGUCAGUCGUCAUUUACAUAACUUUCCAGUUUUUCCAGAUUUCUAUGAAAUAUGACCUAUAAUUAAAUACAAAAUGAGUGAAAUAGUUUUCCUUCCAAGAAAUGGUAGUUAAAAAUAACCUUUUCUGCAUUUGAAUGGUGUGGGCGUACCCCAACAACAGAAUGUUGUGGCAUAUACCGGCCAUAAAAAUAUGAAUGACAAGUAAACAGCUGAUUGGCCAGCUCAGCCAAUGACCCAACGUGACAUGUUAAAUGAGGAAAUAGCUAGCAUUUUUGAGCUGGGGUUUAAGUAUUUUUUUCUUUUAUUGAUGCUUUUGGCCACGAGUACGAGAAUAGGACGAGUCAACAACAUUAUUAGUAUGAGUUAACAGAAUGAGCUUUUUGUGAGAUUUUCACUGGACAAUUACUUUAAUGGUAAUCAAAAGUAGAUUAUGCAAUACUAGGGUAUAGGGCUAGCAUCCACAUAUGCCAUAAGAAGUACGUUUUAUGGUUCUACUUCAUUACAGGGUAAUGUGACCCCUUGCUGUGGGAUGCUAAGUGAUGGUUUUGCGGUAUAUUACUAUUGUCCCAUGCUGUGUUGGGUGAAAUAAUGGUGUGUAGCACUUUUAGUACAGCACUGUAAGAGGUGCUGUUAUAGAACGACUGCAGUCAAGCAGUUGAAAACAAGUAUAUUUUCUGUGUGUGUACAUUGUCAUUUAUUGUUCUGAGAUAGGAGAGAAAGGAGUUGACAUUUUCAGGAAGGUCUGUCCCUGGCUAUCAACAGUUAACUAGAAAUGCUUCAUUUUGAGAAACCCAUCGUUUCUCGCUAUGUAACUGUUCACUGUUUAUAGUUGAAUAUUUGAAUGAGACAUACUUUUAGGGUAAAAACAAGAUACGGUAUGUCUCAGUAUAUGCAUAUCUAACAAUAUUGGAUGGAUUUUUAUAUGGUCCAGUCCACUGCGAAUAGUGGUCAAUGUCCAAUCCCUCAGUAAGAGUGAUUGAAGCAAGUGGCCUUGAUUAUGUUACUCUUGAGCCUACUCACUGGAUCCAUAGAAUCUCCUAGUGUUCAUUAUGAACAGAGGGUAAUCCUGCUCUUACAGCAGCCCCACUGUCAAUGGGGUACCUAUGCUUUUAUAGAUGGAAUCAAUUGUAAAUAGUCUUCUCCUGUAAAUAUAUUUCAAUAAUAGUAUAUUUUUUUUCAGAUGAUUAAUAUUUCAUUUCCUCUAUGAGCGUCAGUGCAACAUUAUUGUUAUGUUCGAUCUGUGCCGACAUUAUAGCAUGAAGGGAAUAUUAAGGACCCUUUUAUUAGAAGCAGUAAUUAUGUACUUCCUCUUUUCAAUUCCACCUUCAUUAAACAUUGCAACAAACAUUUUAUUCCACAAUAUGCUGUUAAAAAUACUUUAGUGUAGAUAUGACAAGUUCUAAAGCUCAAUGUAUGUGUUUUGUCUACAAUGACCAAAAUAAAGUACAUUUAUUUUUAAGGAUG